AAAAUUCAAAUCGAGGAUGUUGUUUGGAAGUUAAGUUAUCGAUUCCAAAAGAAUUACAUCCCAAAUUUCGAGACUAUCCAAUGUGUCCAGAACGAAAGAAUGACUAUUAUGUUAUUCAUUAUAGAAAUCUACAACAAUGUAUAAAAGAAGGAUAUGUUCUUGAAAAAGUAUAUCGAAUUCUAGGUUUCGAACAAUCACCAUGGUUGGAACUAUACAUUGUAAUGAAUACUCAACGACGUGCAAAAGCAAAGAAUGCCUUUAAAAAAGAUUUCUGGAAAUUAAUGAAUAACUUAGUAUUUGGAAAAACUAUGAAAGAUGUAAAAAAACGAGUGAAUAUAGAUUUAGUUAGACAGGUAGGUGAAGAACAGAGGUUACGAAGAUUAAUAUCAGAUCCAGUAUUUGUUAGUAGGAAAAUUUUCUAUGGAGCAAAUUUGGUAGCGGUACAUCGAAGACAAACCAAUGUAAAACUAAAUAAGCCAGAAUAUGUUGGAGCAUAUUCUUUAAUUAUAGAAAUUGAAACCGAAAACAUUUAUCAGGACAUGAUUGAUAAUUGCGAUUUAUUUGAUUUUAGUGAUUAUCCUGAAGACCAUUGGGUGAUAAAAAAUCUUCUAGAAGAUCAGUGGAUAAUUAAUGAUGAAGGUAAGCGUGUCUUAAAAAAUACAAAAGUUAUAGAUAAGUGGAAGAACGAAAAUGGAGGAGAUUGUGUUAUUGGCUAUGCAGAAGUUCGUGCAAAAUGUUAUAGUGUUGUUUGUGAAAAUUCAUGA